AUGGAGAAUCUCAAAGCAGCGGCGGCGGACGUGGGCGCCGACGGCAUGCACUGCGCUUUCCACCCUUACCACGCCGGGGGCGGCGGCGGCGGAGGAAUCUGCGCCUUCUGCCUCCAGGAGAAGCUCGGCCAGCUCGUCUCCUCCUCCCAGUCCUUCCCGAGCCACCGCAACUCGUCCCCGUCGCCUUCUCCUUCCUUCAGAUCCAACGACGUCGGCCCUUCGGCGCUGUCGUUCGCUUCUUCCUCGAUGCCCCGCCAAGCCCACGGCGCGCACCACGCCAAGCACUCGAAGCCCCAGGAAGAGAGGACAGGACAAGUCGUGGUCGAAGAGGAUAAUGUUGCUGUCGUCGCUGCUAACAGUGGCGUCUCUGCUUCCUCUUACGAGAACAAUAACAAGGUCUCGAGAUCCAGAUCUGUGGGGUGCGGGAGCAGGAGCUUCUCGGGGGACUUCUUUGAGAGGAUCUCGACUGGGUUCAUCGGGGACUGCACGGCUCUGAGGAGGGUGGAGUCUCACAGAGAAGGCAAGCCACCCAGAGCCUCCACCUCCACCGCCACCUCAGAGGCUCAUCAUCAUCAGCAUCAUCAUCCUCAUCAGUGCAUGAAGGAGAGGGUCAGGUGUGGCGGGAUCUUCGGCGGGUUUGCGAUUGCCAACGCCGCCAACUCAUCCUCCUCCAUCUCAUCAUCCUCAGCAUCUUCCUCGUCCUACUGGGUCCCUUCAUCCUCCAAUUCAGCUGAAGACAAUGUCAAUCACAUCUGCGCGUCAUCAAAGCCAGCAGUUUAUCCCCACCAUCAUGGCAGGAGCAGGAGUUGGGGCUGGGCUCUCGCGAGCCCCAUGAGAGCUUUCGGCAGGCCUUCUUCUUCAGGGAAGAGAAAUGCUGGUGCUGCCGUCAAGCCAGCUUCAGGCAUGAACGGAGCUUCCAUACUAGCUGUCGGAGGCUGA